GGAAGGGAGAAGAAGGAAUUUGAUAAUAAAAGGUGUGAAGUAGAGGAAAAGUGGAGAGAGGAACAGGGAAACGGGCAGAGGGGGGUUCAGGGCAGGGAAGGGAAGACGAAAGAGGGAUGGAAAGAAGUGUAAAAGGAGGAUCAGGAGAGGAAAGCAGGAUAUAUAAGGUGGCGUUUUGGAAUGUGGCAGGAUUGAAGAACAAAGAGAAGGACUUUUAAGAGGGAAUCAAAGAAUGGGAUGUAGUGGUGAUGUGUGAAACAUGGGUGGGAAGAAGGGAGUGGGAGGGAAUAAGAAAUAAAGCGAUGAAAGGAUAGGUGUGGGAAUUACAAUAUGCGGUAAGGAGAGGGAAGAAAGGACGGGCUAUGGGGAGAAUGCUUAUAGGGGCAAGGGAAGGAAUCAAAAUGAUGAGAGUGGAAAGGGAGGAGGAGGAGGAAGAGGGGAUAAUGGCUAGGAAAUGGUUAGGGGAGGAGGUGUGGAAUAUGAUAGGAGUAUAUGUGAAUAAGGAUUUACAGAAGAAGCUGGAGAGAAUGAGGGAAUGGAUGGAAGAAAGGGAGAAGGGGGUAAGGGUAAUAGUGGGUGGAGAUUUAAACGCUAGGACGGGUACGCAAGGAGGAUGGGGGUCAGAGGAGGGGGGAGAGGAAGAAGAGACAAGGAGGUCGAAGGACAAGAAGAUAAAUAGUGAGGGAAGGAGACUAUGCCAAUUUCUGGGAGAGCUAGGGUGGGGGAUAAUGAACGGAGAUGUGACAGGGGAUGAAGAGGGCGAAUUCACGUAUACAGGGAAUGGAGAGUCAGUGACAGAUUAUGUGCUAGGAAAUGAAGAAACGAGGGUAAGAACGGUAAGGUUGGUAGUAGAGGAGAAAGUGGAAUCGGACCACCAACCAGUGGUGGUAUGGAUAGAGGGAGGAAAAGGGGAAGAUGGGAAAAGAUGGAGAAGGAGGGAAGAGGGGAGAGGGAAAAAGGGGUGGUGGACAGAAGACAGAAGGAAGGAAUUUGGGGAAGGGUUUGUAGGGAAAGAAGGAAGGGAAAAAGAGGUAGAAGAGGUGUGGGGAGAAUUAAGAAGGGAGGUAUUACAGGUGUUAGAAAAGAUGGAGAAGAAGUAUAAUAGGAAGGAAGGAAGAGAUGCGUGGGAUGAGGGAUGGAAGAAGAAAAAGAAUAUAGCGGAAGAGGAAUUGAAAAAAUGGAAAAGGGAAAGAGGAAGUGGGGAAAGCUUUAGGAAGGCAGGAGGCGAGUUAGGUAAAAUGAGUAGAGAGAAGAAGAGUAGAGAAGAAGAGAGGUGGGAGAAGGAGAAAGAUUGUCAAUAG